AUGCGGCAUCCAAAAUGCCCGCGGCUUGUCGUUCGCCUUGUGCUGCUGGCGCCGUCUCUGCUGCUGAGACCGGUGGCGGUUCCGCUGCCGGCGGUGGAUGCGGCCCCCCUGCUGCGCCAAAUGGCCGGGACCAGAAGCCGGGUGAACUUGGUGCAGGUCGGAGCCUGCGACGGGGACUUUGGCGAGGACGCGUCCUCCAACGACCCAGUUCAGGGCUUCCUGCUAAAAGAGCCCAAAAUCCACGGACUGCUGGUGGAGGCGAACCCAAACGUGUGCGCUACGCUGAGCAGCAAGGUCUCCGGGCUCUUCGAUGGCCGCGUCUCUGCGGUGAACUGCGCGGUGGUGCCUGGCGACUCCGCGGAGGACGCGGCCUUCUUCGUGGUGUCGCCGCGCCUGGCGGCGGAGCAGCCCAGGAAGGCGUUCCACUGGGCCCUGUACCAACUCAGCUCCCUGGACCGCGCCCACGUGGAGAAGCAUCACGUGCACCUGGGCCUCAGCAAGCAACACUUCGCCCGAUAUGUGGAGGACUUCUUGGGCUCGAAGAAGAUUUGUGGCCCGCGGUUGUUGUUCCCUUUUAUUUUUUAUGUUUGUUUUUUGUUGAGGGGGGGAUCCGGUGGUUUUUUGGUUACUAGGGCUGUUUUUUUUACUAGGGCUGGGCGUUGGUUGGUUGGUUGGUUGGGUGGGUGGGUGGGUGGGUGGGGUGGGGUGGAGGUCACCGACAAAAAGGCAGCCUUUUCGUUUUUGUUUGGCUUUCUCACUUUUCUUUUCUUUUUUUGGGGGGGGAGGGUGGGGGUGGCAGGGUGGAGGCCACCGACAAAAAGGCAGCCUCUUUGGGUUUUUCUGUUUUUUUUUUUUUUGGGGGGGGGGGUUGGGGGCGUUUGUUUUCCUUCUUUUCGUUUUUUGUUUGGGGCAGGUGUGUGUGUGUUCGGGUGGAGGUGA